AACAUGUCCUUCAACUACGACCGCUACGACCGCCGUCAAUCGCCCUCGUCGCGCCGCUCCACCUUCGGCUACUGGGUUCCCCUAAUCUUCACAGUCACUGUCGCGACCGCCGGAGUCGCCGCCUGGGUCUGGAGUGAGCGCCGCGACGACGAUGAAUCAGACGAUGCGGAUCUGAGUUAUGGCGAGGAUGGCGAAGGGAAAAUGCCUGAGCCGGGCCGCCGCGCAUUCGACACCCAGUCGCAAGGCGUGGCACACGAAGAUGAGGGCAUCAUGCAGCGCGUCCAAGGGGUUAUGCGGCGCACCCCGAGCCCUCAACAAUUCUUUGACACCGUGAGCAAGCGCACCGUCGCCGGGUUUGCCGCCGCCGGUGCGGCUGCAGGCGCUGCGCUGGCGAGUAUCAGAGAGGAGGACAAGGAUGCAUAUGCCGACCACGACAGGUGGACUGAGGAGGCCGAAAUGAGACGGAACGUCGAGGCAAGGAGUGAGCAGAGCCGAUCUGCUGUGGAUACACAGGCAAGGAGCUUCGCCGCCAGCGUCAAGGCUGGGCCCAACACCAACCCGACCGGCCACCGAAGGACCGUAGCCAUUGUUGUCUCUGCCGAAAGCCUCAUGGACAUUCCGCAGGAAGAAGAUGGCUCUUAUCGCCAAGAGAAUUUGACCGUCCUGUCUCACCUUCCCGACACCGACUUCUCCAAAACUAAGCUCUUCGUUCUCGUCUACUCUCCCUCCCUCCGCUCGCGGCCAAACUCCCGCACCGGAGGUGCCUCUCUAGGCUCUUCCUACUCCGCCAUCUCCACACCCGUGCAGACUCCGGGCGAGGAACUUCAACCCGUAGACCCUCAACCCGAAGGCACCGUCUAUACACCCGCCCUCUCAGCACGCAGCUCAGACAACGUCCUCUGGAACACCUUACACGCACAAGCAUUGCGUCUGGUUGAGAACCCUGCCAUGGUUAUGCCAUUCACCACACCCGCAGGCCACGUGCACAUGCUCCGCCAUCUCUCCCCUGACCUCGUAUACAUUGUCGAUGCCCUCAGUGGACCCAGCGGCCGCAAUAUUCUGGACAUUGGACGCUGGGUUGGCCAGACUAUUGUCGUUGUUGGCAGCGACGGCACCGGUCUUGGUGGUCUUGUCGACACGGACGACGAGAGUUCUGCUGCCAAGGAUGUAUCAGAGCAUGCAGGCCAUGGUGAAAAAUGGUGGGAGAACACAGACGUCGUGGGGCUGGGCAAGGGCGUGGAAGUCGUCGAUGCCUCGAGACUUACCGAUGAUUACGAGAGGAGGGUGGUUGGGCGCGAGUAA